CAAAAUUUUGAUGUCACCAUCAUGAUGUUCAGCAUGCUUUUUUUGUUAAGUGUGCCAAAUUUUGUCCAAUUUUGGCCUGCAACAUCAUUUAGAUGAUUUCCCAGUACUUAGGAAGCUUGGGUACGAAGUUUUAAUCUGUGACGUUCAAUUGACCAUUUGGGACAGGGUUAGUUAGUCAGUUAUACCAAUACUAUCCUCCUCUCAGAGGAACGUGAAAUCCCAGGGUCGAUUUUUUCUCAAAAAAUGCUCCGAAAGAAAAAAACGACGGUUUUAAAGAAUUUCCUACGCCUUCGGGCGCGGAAAUUCAACAAAACAGCUGUCAGGUGAACUAAACAAAAAACUAACAAUUGAGUAAACAUAUACAAUGAAAAAAUUCUUGGUUGGAAAACUCACUAGAAGAAUUGAACAGGACGUUCGCAACAUGUAUAUUAUAAGUUGGAUUCUAUCUUCGGUUUUACUUGUGACAUCCUUCAAAGAGGUUAAAAAUAAAAAUCAAGUUGGAUCACGUGAUAUAUUUCUUGCUUCAAAAAACGCUUUGUCAUUUCUUGAUUCUUCUUCGGCUGCAAGAUCGCUACGUCACGAAUGCUGCGAAGAAACUUCAUGUGCUGUAACUGAGUUACAAGAACAUGCCGCAAAAAGAGGUUGGGGAUGGGUAGAUACCACUUUGUGCGAGGUUUCCAUAAGGGAACAGCGAUCAUGUACAUGUGAGUUUAUGAAUGGUCCUACAGAAUGUGCUUCUGUGUUGAUAGGAACUAAGCACUGUAAAACUCCAUGCAAACCUGGCAAGUUCUGGUGCGCACCAAGGAGAAAAUGUAUUUAUGAAAGAUUCAGAUGUGAUGGUGAUAAUGAUUGUGGAUGGUGGGAGGACGAAAGAGGAUGCAAGAUCACGGAUAAGAACACUGCACAGAUAAUCAUUAAAACCACUUCUUUAUUGGGAUGCAGAACAUUUGGACAGAGGAGAGCUUGUGGAAACGUGUACGUUCUUGGCAGGCCAGUUUGUGAUCAGAACUGGAACGACAACAAUGCAAAGGUAGUAUGUCGAACGCUUGGAUAUUCAGAAGCCACAAAAGCAACGGCCUGGAGGUCAGGCAAGUGGGGAACAACAAUGCUUAAGUUUCUGAUGACCAACGUCAAAUGUAAUGGGACAGAAAAGCAUCUUGGAGAAUGUCAACAUGUUAUUCCAAACUUUUGCUUUUCAACAAAUGUUGCAGGAGUCACAUGUUUGGAUCCUCAGACAACAGAAUUACGACAAGGAAUUCUAAACUAUCAGGGAAAUGUUUAUAUCAGCGAGUCUCCCGUUUGCAAUGACGGUUGGAAUGCAUUAAACUCAAACGUUGUCUGCAAGCAACUCUUCGGGGAAGGCUUCCAAUCGAUGCAAUCCACGCUGUCAAACCCGCAUUCCACAGUACAAAGAUUUAUUAUGACUAAUGUUCGAUGCAGGGGUAAUGAAAGUGACAUAACUGACUGCAAACAUACGUUGCUAGGAAGCUGUCCAUCUAAAAGUAUCGCGCAAGUCCGUUGUCAAGGCUGUAGUUCACAAGAAUUGUUAGAAGUGUUUAAAAAUUUAAAGUUUUCUGGAACAAGUGAUGAUAUUAGAGAAGCUUUAAACAAUACGAUGAAAGCAUUUCAAUCUUCGUGCGGUCACUGGAAUUGCACUGGUACGGAUAAACCAAAAGACUAUUGUGCGCUUCAUUCUUUCUUAACAGAGGCCAUGUCAUAUAUGGGUAAUGAAAACAACAAAUACACAAUCGCUAAUUUGCAGACCAGAAUAAAUUAUCGUGGUCUCUUGCAACAUAAUUUCUUUGCUAAAAAGUUUGCCGAUGUCCAUAACGAUAUAACGAAAUUAGGAGAUAGGUUCGGAAAGACGCAAAAAGAGUUAGCAGAAUAUUUUCAAAAUUUAGCAGUGUUUGAUAAAGAAAAGGCAAAAGUCGAUUUGAAGUCGGCUCAUGUCACUUUGAACAUGGCAAUCUACAACAUCCAAAAAAUUCAAAAGCAGGUUCAAGAUGAUCUGGCAUUCAUUAUAAAUUCAGUCUUCAAACAGAUAAAAAUUGAUCAAUCUUCACUUGUAUCGCAUUUUACUUUGCAAGUUGUACUACAAGUGAAUCCGCUAACAUGGCUUUUUAGAGAUCCUUCUUCUAUAGGAAGUGCCAUUGUUGAAAUCCAAAAGCAUGUUGUAACUAAUAAACACCUUAAACUUGCGUUGGGAAGGGCGUUGCCACGAAUGGAAAGCGUGGCAACAGUGGUUGUUGCGAAUACAAACAAAAAUAAAGAUGUCUACAGGAAAAUUGAAAGCACAUUCAAUUCAACAAAAGAUUUUAAACUCCAAAAAGAAGACAGCCAUAAGUUCUUAGAAGCAUAUUCUACAUUUGCACCAGUUGUAAGUGAUGCUCAGUUGGCGGACUAUGCUUCUGCAAUGAAACAUCUCGUGGAUAUGUCGUGUGAUUUACUUCUCAAUCCACAAUCUGUUCUGGGAUUCAAUCAGGCGUUGAAAGAAGCUACAGAAGGUAGAUGUCCAAGAAUUAAAUCUAAACUAGAACAAGUGAAAAUAAUGUACGUUAAGCUUGCUGAAGUCCAACAACAGAUUCUCAAUACCUUUGCAACAAUUGCAAGGGCCAGUAUUGCUGAGGGUGGUGCAGAAAGCUUAGUGCAUGUAUUGAAUACAAACCUACAAAAUCAGUUGGAGAGAAACAUAACGCAAUGGCGAUCUCUAUUGUUGCUUAGAUUUCAUAAAGUCAUGCUCAUUCAAAAUUUGUGUGAUUACAUUUUUUAUAUGAAUCAUGGGAAAGAAGAUCAAGUAUGCAAGAAAAUGAGAGCAAAUCCGGAUAAUGAUCCAGCGCUUCUCAUUCAUUACAACCAAGACAAGGACAUGUGUGAUUGCAACACGUGCCAUACAAGAUCUGCAUUUGUCUCCAUACCUACCAAAGUAUCAGAGAGUAGCAACAUCAAUCCUAUACAAGGGGCAGUUAAUUUGGUAACCCUUUUAAACGAAACUGAUAAGAACGGUGGAAGUUCCACAUUUCAAAUUCCUGGAAGUCAAUGGUUGGUAGAACACGGUUGGAUUAUACCGAGUGAGAAAGAACAAGGUCCUUUCUUCUUGAAGAGCUUAGAUGUAUUUCUUCCACCAUCAUACAGUGUUCACAAAUAUCGCGUGCAUACAACGUUAUCUCUACUGGAAAACAAAUUAAAUAAUCGUUUGUUUAAAUUCCAAGAUGGUCUGCAGAUUACAUCAACAUACAACGAAAACCAAGGUGGACAUUGCAGCCAACGUAUAGACCACCCUUACAACAUUCCAUACUGUAAAAAGUAUCUCAAACCGAUCUGUCUAAACAAUCAGGGAUCUCUAAAGGGUCCUCUUUAUCCUCUUUUGACGGCGAAUUGGAAAAUCGUGCUCGACUCCCCAGUGAAGAAGAUAAUUCCUCGUUCGACAACUAUGUUUUAUUUAAAAGCAAAAGUCGAGUUCUGUUGGAAAAGUAAAAAUGUGGCAUACAUACAGACCAUGAAGCAACCUCAGACGAAUACGAGUUGUUGUCAUCAAAAAGACAAGUACUUUGAUCAAAAGAUAGAUAUGUUAGCUAGUGGAAAGGAUCCUUGCAAAGCAUGUCCAACUGGUUCUACUUCACGAUUACAUGGAUACUACUGCGAAACAUGUUUACCAGGUUACCAAUUAGACGAGAAAUGGUAUGGCUGCACUCCUUGCAUGAAGGGUACAUACAAGAAGAACAUUGGGAUAAACAAAUGCAUCAAAUGUCCUGUAGGGACGACAACGACUCAUUUGGGACAUUCUAAAUGUAAAACCACAUAAAAAAGUAUCAAAAGUCUUUAAUUUAAGAAGGAGGAUCCCUCCUAGAUUAUAGUAUUAUAACUGGGAAUUCAGAUAAAUCCGAUAAAACCUUUUUAAAAAUGUACACGAGAUAUAUACACAAAAUAUAUACUCAAAUAUAUAUAACAUAUACUCAAAAUUUGCGUGUGCGACAUGAUUUGAGUGGUAUACUUUUGGGCAAUUUAAAAUGCUGUACAGGGAUUGAAAAUUAUAAUUUUGUACAGUCGACGCUCGAUAUCUUCCUUGAACUUUCUUCCGGUCCCUUCGGCCAUUCCUCUUGUA